UUUUAUUUUGUGGUAACAUUGUUCUGUUCUCUAUACCAGGACGUUCUCUAUACUGUUAGAGUCUAAUGUCUAUGUUUUAAAAAUUCUUUUCUUGUGGCAUGGUGACGGAAUAAGGCGUCAAGAUGCAGAUCUUCGUAAAAACUCUUACGGGGAAGACCAUUACACUUGAGGUUGAACCCUCGGAUACCAUCGAAAAUGUUAAAGCCAAGAUUCAAGACAAAGAAGGAAUCCCUCCUGAUCAACAGAGGUUGAUUUUUGCUGGUAAGCAGCUAGAAGAUGGGCGCACCCUAUCAGACUACAACAUCCAGAAGGAGUCCACACUUCAUCUUGUACUGCGGCUGAGAGGAGGAGCCAAAAAGCGCAAGAAGAAGAAUUACUCCACACCUAAAAAGAUUAAGCACAAGAAGAAGAAGGUCAAACUAGCCGUCUUAAGGUUUUACAAGGUCGACGAGAAUGGCAAGAUUCAUCGUCUCCGUCGUGAGUGCACGGGCGAACAAUGCGGCGCUGGCGUCUUCAUGGCCGUGAUGGAGGACAGACAUUACUGCGGCAAGUGCCACAGUACUAUGGUCUUCAAAGAUGACGACAAAUAGACCACUUCCCCAUUUUAGUUUAAGAUAACACUCAGACUGCUGUGUAUGAUGGAUUGAAUAAAUCUUGACACAGUGUCGGA